CAUAUUCCGGAAAACCCGUCCGUCUUGUUUGCUUGGUUUUACAUUUACUCUUUCGAUUAUCUUUUCUGGUUAUGAGGUUGACCUUAAGGCCAACAGAAAUGCUGAACUAUAAGUUAUGAAUCUUUUGUCAUGUUGCCCAAAGGGUUCUCUGCAUUCCUGUACAAGAACAUCAUGUAGAGUAUUGGCUAUAAGGUACAACUCAUCCGCCCAAUCAAAAACACAUUAUCAAACACUGGGGGUGCCACGCACGGCCAGUGUAAAAGAGAUCAAAGCUGCAUACAUAGAAUUAUGUAAAAAGCAUCAUCCUGAUGCUAAUCCAAAUGAUCCACAAGCUCAACAAAGAUUUGUGAAACUUCAAGAAGCUUAUAAUGUACUAAGUAGCCCUGUAGAAAGAGCAUGCUAUGAUGUGAAGAUUAACAGGGCCUCACAUAAGACUCCAAACUAUGGAUCAGCUAGAUCUUCCGACGCUGACUUCAUUAGAAAAUACUACCAGGAAAAAGCCAGAGAACAUCAAAGACAAAAAGAUAUGGAGGACUGGAGAUAUCGAACUGGAAAGUAUAGAGAUAAUGAGAUGGAUGAAGCAUUACGAAAAGAGAAUGAACGACAACGCCAGGCCUUUCAAAAUAUAUUUCAGUCUGGAGCUGGUAGAAAUCUGAGAAAUGAUCGGUAUUGGAGUGGACGGUAUCAGUAUCAUUAUUAUCACUCCAGUCACCCCGUUGGAAUAUUAAGGCGGAUGAUGUUCUAUCUUAUACUUUGGACAUGUUUGUUUUCUUUGAUUGGAACUCGUCAUUGAUCUCCCUGGCUAAAACGAAUACAAGGUACUUACCUUACCUCUUUAUAGAUGAAGAGAAUCAAAGUGGGAGAAAUGAUCAUGUAUAGUGAUUAUUUAAAUUUUACAUUUAUGAUGUUUGUAACGUGAAUUAUUGGAUUUCAAAAGAGCGAACUGUGAACUCUUAAAUUUGACACAUUCUUUGUGUGGACUGACACUAUAAUUUUAACGUACAAUGACUGAACUGUUAAAGUUUUAAUAAAAUGGCUUUUGAAAAAUA